AUGGCGUGUCCCCUGGAGCAGGCGCUGGCCGUGAUGGUCACCACCUUCCACAAGUACUCGGGGAAGGAAGGGGACAAGUACAAGCUGAGCAAAGCCGAGCUCAAGGAGCUGCUCAACAAGGAGCUGCCCGUCUUUGGGAGCAAACAAAUGGAUGAGGUGGAAUUCAAGAGGCUCAUGAACGACCUGGACCACAACAAGGACAGCGAGGUGGACUUUAAGGAGUACGUCUGCUUCCUGGCCUGCAUCACCAUGGGCUUCAACGAGUUCUUCAAGGACGGCCCCUCCAAGCAGCCCCGCAAGAAGUGA